CCGAAACUCGACAGGCUCCACCAGCAUGAGUCUGGAAGGGGGGUCAAGGCCUGGGAAGAUGGGCUCCCGGCCCCAAGAUUUUCCAGCGUUUCCACACGCACUCUUGGGUUUCGCCUCUAGGUUUUGUCUGCUGGCGUUGCGGUGACAGCAUGCUUCGACCGUGGCUUUUUCUGCAGAACUCAUCUUGAACUGUUUCGAAUCCACGUGAACAAGUUGGGGCAACUCAAUAAGUCCGACAUCCAUGAUAUGAUGGCGGGGAUGAAGGUAAAACAACACCUUGGGCCGCGAUGAGUCGACAACAGCUUAGGCGAGCAGACUAGGCGCGGACAGAGUUUCCCUCCUCUGUAGUUCGAAAACCAAGCCCUGCCCCCUCCCCUCCACUCAUGUUUUCUAGACAGCCUCGAUGUUCCAACGAGAAGGGAUUGGCGUAGUUCAGUUAGUGAGCCUAUCGAGUAGUCACCCACCCAUACUUCGAAGUUGCAAAUGAAGGUUUAAUAAUAGCCGGCCCUCCCUGUUACAAAUUUCUCUUGGGGCUGACCAGGUUCCAUGAAAUUUGAUCUCCCCUCGUCGUUGAACGGGGGUUUUGAGAGCUCAUUACCCUCGCUAUCUCGCGGCGGCGGUAGGAGAAGAUAUCUGGGGCCUUCUCCCGCAUGUGCCUCCUCAAACCAUCCUCCUCCUCCCCACCAACCACCAACCUCUCGCCCAUCGCCUCAUCUCUCUACUCCGUUUCCUUCCCUCACUCUCUUCCGCCACCACUGACUCACUUACUCUCGAGAUACAUAUCAUUCUUUAGCCCUAGCCCUUCCGAGCCUGCCAUUUCAAGGUUACGACCGUGGAACUUUAAUAACCCUCUUUUCUUCCCGCGCUCUACCAUGGUUAUUAUGUUCCGCCGGAAAGACUCAAAACUGUCCACCAGCGACGAGAAAGACGACCGCGAGUCUUUUAUGUCAUCCAGCAGUGCAAGAACUUCAAAUGCAUCGCUGAAGGUUCCCAUGUCUAUGAAGACUGUAAAUGGCGCAUCUGUGCCAAUCCCGGAAGUCCCAAUCGCACCCCCACCAGACCCCAACUUAGACCCAGCGGCGUAUCUACGAAGUAUCCAUGCUGUUCGCCAGCGAUCGAAAGUGGUUAUGCAGAGAGCGAAGAGGAACCAACUGAAUCAUUUCGACAUCGAUUUUAGCAAGUUUGCAGGCACAGCUCAAUACGUUGCUUCUAUUAUCAAGCGCGAUUACGCACCGGAUUUUCAUGCCAUACCUGCCCAUGGACGCUGGCAUCAUUUUGACAUUGGCGGGAGACCUCGAAUCAAUCAACUCCUACAAUCAUGGCCCAGUACCGUUGACACGUUCGAACGGACCAGGCGAUUGAUUGACCUCUUUCUCGUAUCUGUCUUGUUAGACGCUGGAUCUGGGAGUAAGUGGUCGUAUAAAUCUAAAGAAUCCGGGAAAAUCUAUAGAAGAAGUGAAGGUCUUGCGGUGGCAAGCCUAGAGAUGUUCAAGACUGGCUUGUUCAGUAGUGAUCCCACAGAGCCAUGCCAAGUUGACGGCGCGGGCUUGAAAAAGAUCACUGUAGACUUAAUUGCGAAAGGAAUGCAACAUUCCGAACAGAAUACACUGCCUGGGCUGGAAGGCCGUGCUGGUUUGUUGAUACGGUUGUCAGAAGCAUUGAACAACCAAGAAUUUUUCGGGGCUAAUGCAAGGCCAGGAAACAUGCUGGACUACCUACUUUCUCACAAUACAACCCUCGCAUCAUCCGUACCUAUCAUUUCCAUUCCGACGCUGUGGUCCGUACUCAUGGACGGCCUAUCGUCGAUUUGGCCCCCGUCUCGAACCCAGAUUGAUGGUGUUUAUAUCGGAGACGCUUGGCCCUGUUCCAUUCUAUCCUCGUCACCCGCAGCGAAACCUUGGGAGACUAUUAUUCCGUUCCACAAAUUGACCCAAUGGCUCUGCUACUCGCUCAUGGCUCCGAUGACAAAAGUAAUGAACAUUAAAUUUUCUGGGACCGAACUUUUGACGGGGCUACCUGAAUAUCGGAACGGGGGACUUCUCAUCGAUAUGGGCCUCUUGAACCUCAAGCCCGAGGACGCUGAGCGAGGGCUCCAGGCGUAUAGAUCCAAUGCAAUGAUCAAAGGUCAACCAAACGUGGAAGUUGUUCCACUUUUCACGGCCGACGAUGACGUGAUUGUGGAAUGGAGAGCUCUCACAGUCGGAUUCUUGGACGAGUUGCUUGCGGAAGUGAAUAGUUUAUUAGAGCUACCGGCUGGGGAGCGUUUAUGUCUCGCUCAAAUGCUCGAGGCCGGAACUUGGAAGGGAGGGCGCGAAAUUGCGGAGGUGUCUCGGCCAAACACUAAAGAGCCCCCAAUUAUGAUUCUUUCCGAUGGAACUGUUUUUUAACACUGAAAUCCUUUUGUUGCGUUUUUCAUGUCCUUUUCUUUUCUUUUCAUUUCUUUUUUUUUUUUUUUCGCGGUGACAACAUUGGACCUUAUUUAAUGAUAAUGAUAACUCCUCAUUGGGCUCCUUCGACGACAUUUAUUUCCUUACCUUUUUUUUAUACUUUUCUAUUCUCCCCAACUUUCUUUAGUUGCCACCUUUUUGGAUAUUCAGAUUGAGCGUUGCUGAGGGGUGCUGGACAGAACUUUUUCUUCUGCAAAAUAUUGGAUUGCUGAAUCCCUAUGUGGAUCCCCUUCAUAUUUAAAUGACAUAUACAUGCAGGACCGCGACCAAUGACAUUGUCGUACAUGGCUCAUUGUCAUUGCUUAUUUUUUUGUGGGAGAGGAGGGAGGGAAAAGCAAGUUGCUAGUUGAUGGAAAACGCGAACCUAUAAUUAGCGCGUUUAAAGCAGGAGUGAGCCAUAUUUGUGAAAUGCCCAUUCCGUGACACCUCUUCUGUAAGAAAACGCGGCCUCCACUCAUUUUAUAGGAAUCCAGUAGGCAUAUACUCUGUAACGCGAAUAACAUUCAAAGCAGAGCGAUUCGGAGAAUCGUUCACACUCGACGGGAAUUAGCAAGUCACGUGCCUCUAUCGUCAACAAGG